AUGUGUGUUGGACCUCUAUCGUGCCCGCUCGGAAAACCUGUGGUACAACGGGAUCCAUUUAGAUGUCCUGUAAAAUAUUCACAAGCUAAAGGCAAAAGGUAUACGGAUGCACUUGGACGUUCAUUGUUUGCUGUAAUUCUUGCACAAAAGAAUCAAAAGAAUAUCACAUCGUGCUUACAUAAUCUCAGACCAGAUAUCGGGUUUGUUCGAACAUAUAGUGUAGAGUGUGAUGUUUCUGGUAACACUUGCGGUAGUAUGAUUGGUGUUUCUGAAGAGGCAAGAGCGAUCUAUCUUGGUUUUGGAGAUACUCUCGUCUCCGAGAUGGUAAAUGGUCUUGGAGCUCAGCUUGGGGCCUGGGAAAAGUUUGAGGGUCAAAAAGCUGGUGUGGUCUCCUACUUCCACAAUGCUUUCUACAAGUCUUUCGUCGAUAGUGGUAUGAAAGAUGACGCUCUCGAACUUGUCAAGAAGUAUCGAGGAUUUCGCGUCUGGAUUACCGGCUACUCUCUCGGAGGAUCGCUUGCGUCAAUGACAUCAUUAUACUUAGCCAAAAAGAAACUAGUUGAUCCUAACACUAUCCGACUCGUGACAUUCGGAGAACCACGAACAGGAAAUGUUGCAUUUGCAAAAGAGAUUGAAGAACACAUCCAGUUCCGCUAUCGAGUGGUAAAGAAAAACGACUUUAUUGCAAGCAUACCAAGAUCAGCGGAUCCAGCAGCAUCUCUGCUGACAGCCACAAUGUACGAGAGGCAACCGCUGUUCUACAGAUACCUAGUGCAUUACGAUAAUAAGAUGAAAAAAGGUGACACAUUCAAGAUCUGUGAACUUUCCGAUGAUUUUGGUUGUCGCAACACGAAUUUCGCUUAUGAUCUCGAUGACCAUCGUACGUACUUCCAUAUAGAUUCAGACAAGUUUGUAGAAGAAGGCUGUCCGCGUGAUCACUUAUUUUAG